ACUUCUUUUAUACACGUUUAUGAGUGUUACCCAGAUUUCAGAUCCAAAAUUUAGGUGGGGGGAAGAAGAAGAAGAAGAAGAUUGAAGAGGAUACACUAACCAAAACCCAUUUGCUCUAAAUCUUUUGUCUCUUCAAAACCCACUUUGUGUUUGGUGGUAAAGGUGGAGUCCUUGUAGUUUUUAAGUAGUGCCAUUUUUCACAUACUUGGUAAUAUUUUCAGUUUUGGUAACUUCCCCAGUUCCCAACAGAAACCGAAAAAGGGUUAACUUUUUGGGGUUGGAAGAAUCAAAAGGCCUGCAGCUUCUUCUGGUGUUAUAAGGAGGAAGGUUGAACCUUGAAGAUAUUCAGGAUGUUCAAGCUAUCUCCUCGCAGGAGCCCGAGAUCUAAAGGUUUCAAGGUGAAGCAUGUACUACAAAUAUGUAUUUUGGCAGGUGUUUGCAUCUGGCUUGUUUACCAAGUCAAGCAGUCUGGAGCCAAGAAAUCACAGUUAGCUGCAAGCAUGAAGGAUGGGGAAGGAAUUGUAAAGUUGGGAAGAAAGGACCUCAACCCUCUUCGGGAGGAGACUGUGGUUGAAGAUGCAAGGCACAAGGAGGAGGAGGAGGAAGAAGAAAACAGGAAUCUGGAAGAGCCAAAUAAGCCUGAAGAGAUCGGUAAUGUAGGAGGAGGCAGUGGAGAAGACCAGAUAAAUGAGAAUGAUCAGUCAAAAGUUGAGGAGACAAGGGACGAACAUGUUGAUUCGGUAGAAGAUAAAACAACAGAAGUGACAAGGGAGACUAUUAAUGAGGAUAGCACUGGGAAUGAAAAUGAAGAGAUCAAGGAUGAUGUUGAUGGAAACACGAAGAAUGAUGAUGUCAAAGAGAAUGAGACUGAGGAGAGCAAUGAAAAGGUAACUGAAGAAGUUAAAGAGAAAGAAAGUGAAGAGGUGAAGGAGACUGAGGAAAGCAAUGAAAAGGUAACUGAAGAGGUUAAAGAGAAAGAAAGUGAGGAGGUGAAGGAGACUGAGGAAAGCAAUGCAAAGGUAACUGAAGAGGUCAAAGAGAAAGAAAGUGAGGAGGUGAAGGAGACUGAAGUGACCAAAGAAAAAGAAGGUGAAGAGGUGAAGGAGAAUGAAGAGACCAAGGAGGAAGGAACAUCAGAGGAGAGUCAGGCGGAGGUCAAUAAGGAGGAGGGGGAAGAACACAAUGAGACAGAUAAAGAAAAGGAGGCAGAAGAGAAGGAAGCUGAUAAGAUUGAACAGGUGAUUUUAUCUGAUGACCAGGUUCAAAAGAGAGGUGAAAAACACAAUGAGGAGGCAAGAGAAGAGCAUUACAAGGCUGAUGAUGCUUCCAGUGCUGUGGCUCAUGAAACUCAAAAUGGAUCAACUGAUAAUGAACAAGGUGGUUCAGUAAACACUAAUGAAUCAGAACAGUCAGUUCAGCAGGAGAACAAUGCAAAUAGCACUGUAGUGUAUGAUGACAAAAACAAGUUGGUCUCAAACGAGGGAGCAAUUGAAAGCAUUGAAAAGAAUGAUGCUCAAAAUGCUACCAUAUCCAAAGUGGUUUCUGAGGAGAGUAAUCCUUCUGAAACAGAGAAUGGUUCCAAAUCUAGUUCAACAGAAUCAUCAGACCAGCAGCAAGGGGACACCAAAAAAGAUGACUCUGCUCAGCAAAAUGUUGUCACAGAGCAAACUGAGAGAUCUGAUGUAGCUACUAACACUGAGCAACAAGACUCUGGCUCAACAGUUUCCACCACAACUGAGAAGGGUGAUACAACUAAUGGAGAAUCCAUAGAUGCUUCUAGUAAUUCUGAAUCAGUUGUGACAGAUAAUCAGACUGUCAACUCCAAUACAUCUACUGAAAAAGAGAAUGGUUCUACAUCUUCAGACUUGAAGAUCGUUCAAAAGACAAACAGUGACGCUGUGGAAGAAGGAACACAAGAAAGUAUACUAUCUCAGAAAACAAAUGACAAUACUGAUACUGGAGCAGAGCAACAAGUUGAUUCUUCUAAUUCCACAGAGCAGCAGGAUAAAGAUGCAUCCUCAAGCACAGAUAACAAAACUGGUGCAGGCCAGAAUGAAAAUGACAGUGCUGUUCAGAACAGCACAAAUGGCAAUGGGAAUACAGAUGCAAACCAAGGAGAAUCAGUUGACUCUUCCAAUUCUUCUGUAUCACAAGAGAAAGAGGCAUCUCAGAACACAGAUAGCAAUGCUGAUUCUAAACAGAAAGAGAAUGAGAAUGUUGUUCAAAGCAAUACCGAUGACAAUGCAGAUGUGGGCCAAAAGGAAUUGGCUAAUACAUCAGUAUUCUCAGACACCAAUGCUGAAACUGGGAAUAAUCAAAAGGAGAAUGUCGCUCAGAGCAACGCAAAUGAGAAUGUCGGUCAGAGCAACACAAAUGACAAUGUCGGUCAGAGCAACGCAAAUGAGAAUGUUGUUCAGAGCAACACAAAUGAGAAUGUUGUUCAGAGCAACACAAAAGAGAAUGAGGGUGCAGGAGGAGAAGAAUCUGGUAAUGCUAAGGAGAACGAAGCUUCCUCAAGUACAAAUGACAACACUGAGGCGCAGAAUGUCAAUGUUGAGUCUACAAAUACUACAAUCCCUGAAGAAGAAAAAGAGGCUCGUAUAGACCUGGACACUUUGCCAGAUAGCAAAGUUGAAGUGCAUAACAAUGAUGCUGCAGAGUAA